GAUGAUCAUGUUCGCAUCUUGCAUCUUCUUCACCUCUUAGGUCAUGUAAACCUGUUUCGCAGUAUAAAAUUUGAAGUCGAGUCGUUCAUUCAAUAUUAGCCGCUUUGAAUUUCAUAUAUUUCAUGUAUAUUUUAUUUAAUAUUGCAACAAGGAAGUUGUUCUUCCCUAUUGUCGAGAAAGUAGUUUCAGAAACAUAAGCGAAUCAGUAUGAUUUGAAUUGCACUACUCUUCGCGACAUGGAUAAAGAAACAAACAACAUCAAGUGGUACCAGCGCUUCACUUACAGCGUUGUCACCUACACCGAGCUGUUCUUCUACAAAUUAGGAAUUCGUAUCGCGAAAAGUCCUUUUAUUACCAUCGCGUUAUGCUGGAUGUUUGUUAUCUUGAGCGCUUUCGGAUUAUUCCGGUUCCACCAGGAGAAGAGUCCUAUCAAGCUGUGGGUACCUCCAAAUUCGCAAUUUGUUGCCGAUUCCGAACGGCUGAUGGAAACAUUCGAGACGGCAUACCGUAUCCAGAUGAUGCAGAUAGUUGCCGACGAUGUUUUAACGCCGGAAGUGUUUAUGGAGCUGCAUGAAGUAGACGAACUCGUGCGGAACUCUGUAACAAGAAGCGGAAUCCACUGGAACGAUGUAUGCUUUAAGAUACCUCAAAUCGAUCAAGGGAUGUACACUCUUAUGAUGCCUUAUCGGCGUGGAAAUAACACCGAAGAUUUCGAUCCGAGCCUCGAAAUGGACACGGACACUUAUUGUGGAAUGAUCGAGGGUAUUGAAAAAGAAUGCUUUGAAAAAAGUGUUCUGGAUUUGUGGGAUCAUAGCGAUCGGAAAAUAAAAAAACUAACAAAGCAGGCAAUCGUCGAUAAAAUUAAUAAAUUUAAAAUUGAUCCGUUGUUGGGGCAGCUGAAGAACUACGGUGAUUUACUAGGAGGGGUAACUACGAACUCGACUGGGCAUAUAAUUGCUGCGAAAUCGCUCAAUAAUUAUUGGAUGGCUUUGUUGAAUUUCUCAGCUGUGAACAUGGAUGAAAUCGGAAAUAGUGCUGGCACUAACGAUUGGGCAUCUGCUGAAUGUUUAGAAUGGGAAGAGACUUUCUUGAAUAUUAUGAAGUAUUCUGCUCAACGUGCAGAAAACUUUAAAAUUUACUACACCGCAGCUAGAAGUUUUGGAGACAUCAGCGGCGCCACGAUGUUCCAAGAUUUAGAUAUCUUAUUCAUAGGUGUCUUCAUCAUGGUUUUUUAUGUUCAAUUUGUUAUUUCGAAAUUCAAUUGCGUCGAAGCCAGAAUGAUCCUAGGAUGCUUCGGCUUGCUUAGCGUCGGCAUGGCUUUUGUAGUUGCGGCUGGACUUUGCUCGCUAUUCGGAGUAUUUUAUGGUCCCGUGCAUACAUCUCUGCCGUUCCUGCUAAUGGGUUUAGGUGUUGAUGAUAUGUUUGUGAUCAUGGCGUGCUGGGAGCAAUUAACGCCAGAGCAAAAGUUGCUUCCUCUUCCAGAAAAGGUUGGAGCUAUGAUGAAACAUGCAGGUGUUUCGAUCACAGUUACAACAGCUACAGAUGUUUUGGCUUUCUUCAUAGGAUCUUCAACGAUCUUGCCAUGCUUGCAAUCGUAUUGCAUUUACGCUGCUUUGGGUGUUCUCAUGACAUUCAUCUUCGUAGUCACUUUUUACGUGGCUUGUUUCACCAUCGAUCAACGCAGAGUCGAAAAACACAUCAGCGGAUUCUGGCCUUGGAAGAGGUACGAGAAUUACAAACCUAAUCCGUUCAGCCAAGCGGAAACUUCGAACAAGGUCUUCAAUUUGAUUUAUUCUAAAGUCAUUUUGACUUGGCCUGGAAAGUUGUUGGUGCUGUGUAUCACUUUAAUAUGUUUGGGAUUAAGUAUAGAAAGUGUGUUCAAAUUGGAGCAACGCUUCGAUCCGACAUGGUUCAUUCCGCAGCAUACCUAUUUAGGAGAAUUUCUUAAACAGAAGUUUGAGUAUUUUCCAAAUAAUGGUUUUGAAGCUGCUACUUACGUUGGGGCAGUGAACUACACGUACGAAUUUAAAAAUGUUAUCCACAUUGACUCCCAAUUAGAGAACAGUUCCGAUAUCGUCACUGAUAUCAACUCUUGGGUUGGACCAUUCCGGAAUUACGUUAAAGUAAAUUAUAAAAUAGAUAUUUAUAAUGAAACUUUGGAAGAGACCAAGUUUAACGAUUUCCUUUCAAAAUUCUUAUUCAGCAUGAAAGGGGCCCAAUUCCAAGGUAACUUCAAGUUCGAGAAGCCAUUACAAUGCGGUAUUCCCGCCCCUAAAAUAAUGAUGUCUAGCAUCGAUUACAAAUUUAAAUUAUUCUCCGGUCCCGAGGAACACGUUCCGGCAAUGCGUAGGUCAAUGUCUAUUUCGAAAGAUGUGAAUUUCACAACUGGCGACAGAUUUUCAACGGCCUUCUCCAAGGUUUUUGCUUCGUGGAUCACGGAUGAAGUCAUCGAUGCUGAAUUGUUAAGAAAUUUGCAGCUCGCCUUGAUUGCAGUCAUGGCGUGCACAAUGCUACUGAUAGCAAACUUACAGAUUUGCUUUUGGGUCUUCAUAUGCAUUCUACUUUCUAUCGUCAACGUUUGCGGCUUUAUGCAGCGCUGGGGAUUGACUAUAGAUUUAGUUACUUGCAUAGGUUUGACGCUAGCCAUAGGAUUGUGCGUAGAUUACGCAACCCACAUAGGUCAUACUUUCCUGACCAUAGGCGAGGGAAGUCUGAAUGAUAGAGCCUUGAAAACUGUAACCUCCAUUGGAUCUGCAGUUCUUUAUGGCGGUACAUCAACGCUAAUAGGAGUUGCAAUGCUAGGCGUCUCCGAUGCUUACAACUUUCAAACAUUUUUUAAAAUUUUCCUUUUAGUCGUUAUAUUCGGUUUAUUUCAUGGUGUCGUCUUAUUGCCUGUGAUUUUGAGCUGCAUUGGACCCAAGCCUUAUUUCACCCACAAGCUAGUGCAGCAGACGGAUAUCGCUCUUACAUAAUUACAUAUAUUUUUAAGAAGUAUUAGCUCAAUUUGAUUACAUCACGAAUCUCGUUAAUUUUUAAUGCCAUUUCAUAUUACAUAUAUACUAAUACCAAAAACUAUUGUUUUAAGAAGAUUAUAUAUGCCGUAGUUAUACGUAAAUAAUAACAAUAAUGAGAUGAAAA